AUGAUGAUAAUGAUGACUAGAUGAUCUCCAUUUGUAUUUAAUUUAAUUUAAUUAUUUAUUAUUUUAAAACCUUUCAUCAAUCAUGUAUUAAUCCAUAAGUAAAUACUACCUAACCAAAAAAAAACAAUGAUAAGCAACAAAGAAAAACGUUUAUCACAUGCAGCACCAACAUUAUCUAACAAUGAUGGUUUUAAUUUUGCAUCGGAUGCAAUCAUAGUGAAUCAUAUAAAACCGCCAAAUUAUGGCCUAAACAACAACAACACUAAUCAUCAUAGCAAUGUGCCAAUAAAUCAUAUGAAUGUACCAAUGAAAGAUCCACAUCUGAAAAAACUUGUACAAGAACAACGAAACAGUCAUAGUUUAAAUCAUGAUUUUUCACAGCUGUAUAUAUCGAAUCUAAAGAAUCAGAUUGAAAGUCAUACAACAUCAUCUGGUGUGAAACAUCGAGCCAUAGAUCCUAAUCGUGGUUUUGAAGAGAUGAAUUCCUACAAAAAAGAAGCGUUGGAAUCGAAAAAACAAAUGUUUCAAAUGGAAAAGUCAAUAAGUUUUUGGAGUGAUUGUACCGAGUAUUGGCGAAAUAAAUGGCGGAUAACAAGAGAUGAAAAAAAUAAAUUAAGAGAUGAAGUGAAACAACUUCGUUCUCGAAUGAAUAAACUUGAACAUCAGCUAAAAACAUCCGAAGAGAAACGAAUACGUUUGGGUAAUGAAGUGAAUUUUUUGAAUGAAGAAUUAUCACGUUAUAUGUAUCGAUAUGAAGAUGAUACAGCAGUUAAUAAUCGGAAAAAACCGACAACACAUAAUCCUAUUCAAUAUAAUUCAGAUCGUCGUGUUGAUUAUCGGAAAAAACAUCGACGAAAAAUCCAUAAUUUGAUUGCUAAAUCAUCUACAAAUCAAACGACAAUUCCAUCAAAUAUUGAAUCUUCCAGUAGUGAUUCCGAGAAUCAACAUCAUCAUAAUGCUCAAUCACAUCAUUCAUACACAAUGGUGCAACCACAACAACAACAUCAGCAGAAAAAACAUUAUGAUAUCGAUCAAAUUCAUAGCCUAGGAAAAUUUUCAUCAAAUUCAAAAAUCGUAUUCCGUCAUCAUGAGAGACUAUUUGACAAAAGAAUUAUGAACAAAAAACGUUUCUCACAAGUAGUCAUGUUAGAUGAGGAUGAAAUUUUCCAAAUGAACAAAGAUUUUCCAUUGGCAUCGUCAUUAUCGAAAACCAAUGCAACGACAAACGAUGAUUGCGAUACAUUGAAAAUUAGCCAUAGUAGUAGUAUAAUGCAACAAUCUGAACUCAAUGAUACAUUGAAUACUUUUACAAAUAGCCAUAAACAUCGUUAUAUGGAUUAUCUACCCGAAGAUGUGGAAGAAGAAGAUUCAUUUGAUGAUCGUAUAAAACCUGGACAAUUUUUUAGCGAUGAUUUAGAUUUUGAAUCAACUGGACUUGGUUCGUCCACUACAAACAUUGUUGCAUCAACAAAUAAUAUAGCUACAAAUAAUAAUAAUACCUCAGAAAGUAUUGCAAAAGUUCACGAUGAUUCAAUUAGUCAAGAUGAAGGGAAUGGUGAAGAAAAAACGGACAAUAACAAUAACAAUGAUGAUGAUGAUGAAAAAAUCGAAUGAAACAUUCGAAAAUGGUAAUAAUGAUGAUGACGAUGAUGAUGAGGUUUAGUGUUUGUUAGCCAUAUUUUUAGCUUUAAUUACUUAUAUUAUAUCGACCGUAAAUCAUCAUCAUCAUCAUUGAAUAAUCCAACAAAUAUCUGUGAUUGUAUAAUUUAGAUUUGAACUCGAUGUUUUUUUUUGCUGCUGCCAAAUAGAUUACAUUUU